AUGGCAAAUUGGAAGGAGAAAGGAGUGGUUCCGGAUUCCGAUGAUGAGGAGGAAUUCGAUUCCCAAAGUACUACUGAUCAUGAGAAACGAGAUACUGCCGCGGACGAUGAAUUUUACGAUAUCGACGAUGUCUUGGAAAGAAUUAAUGAUAGCAGGUGUGGGGGGAAAAGACCUUGUUUAGAUUCGAGGCAUAUGGCUGAGGAGAUGAGAAUGUCUCAAGCUUCAUCCGUCGAUAUGAUUCAAUCCUUCGAUGUGGUAAAUGACGUAUCUGUUGGUAUCCCGAAAGAACAAACCAUGAGAGACUCUCUGGAAAUGGUAAAGCAGGAUAAAAAAAAAACUAUUGAAGAUGGAGUGAUUACCUCUUUGGGAGAACCAGCCCCGGUCGCAGAAGCUGAAGAGAUUUCUACGAGCUGGAUUAGAGCUCUAUCUCCGGCAUCCAGUAUUCUAUCAUCGCCUCCAGCAAGUCCAAUCCGUUCCUCUCCUGUGGUGCAGCCUCUCGUCUCCCCUGUGCAACGACCCAAGCUUUCCACGCAUCCGGAUCGGAUACGCGAAGAGACCCCAGAACAAUUACGUCCAGGUUUUGACCAUCCCAACAACGUGCCGAAAAGGCAACUCCGGGAAAGAAAGCCUGUGCAAAUACAUCCAUUUCUGUUAGAGCAACAGCGGUACGAGCAAAGGAUGAAAGCCUCUCACAUCAAGCCCGUACGUAUUGGACCAAGCCAAGAGGAAAAUAGCCGAAGGAGGCGAGUCACACAUGGUCGGGAAUUGUGGGAUAAGGAUUUUCCGGACCCAGAAGAGGCAGAAGAAGCAGAAGAAGCAGAAACGGGUGCUAUGGAAGAAAGCCAGCCUAUGAGCUCGAACGCAGGUGCUCUAACACAGUCGACAUUGGCAGAUAGCAUACGGGAAACUAUAAUCGGCCCUGAAUUUUCUACACUGACGGAAGAUGAAGACGAUAGUGACCAGGAAUUUCCUGACCUCCCUGAGCUCUUCAAACAGGAUUCAAGUCUAGUAAAGGCGAACCAGAAGAAGCCAUCAAAGAAGUACUCGACUAAAAACCGAGUGAAACUGACAUCUGAACCUCAAUAUGGGAACAAAGGGCCGACCUUUGACAUAUAUGAUUUUCCUGGCUCAUCCCCCACCGAUUCUCCUCCUAUACGUUCAGGGAAUGCACGGAGAACUAUUUCUCGUGUAGUCUCUCUUCCUUCUUCGCCUAUUUCAACCCCUGUUUGGCAAGACCAGAGCUCUCCACAUUUUCGGCGUUCAACGGAAGUGCAUACUCCAAUUACGAGUGCUAUUAAGGCAUCUUCAUAUGCAUCACCUACAAAGAUAAUAUUUGAUGAGGAUGAUCCGUUUGCAGAUCCAAUAGUAAUUCCUUCCUCACCAUCUGCCUCUUCGUCGUUAUCAUCAUCAUCGGAAGAGGAGGACGAGAUGGUAUUAUUGAAGAAAAGAAUGAAACAUGUACUGCCAGCGUCUCACUUAAGGCUUGAUCAAAAAAGAAAAGAGAUACGAGGUCAUAAAUCUCAAGCUAGGAAGAACCCGAGGCCUAACGAGAAACGUGCUGGUGUUGCUCUCCCCCUGGUGCGAGGGACGAACCCAACCCCCGCCACACAGACUGUGAACCGACUUGCAUUCUUAGAAUCUGACGAAAGCGAUGGGCCUGAUGAGAUUAGCUUUACUGGGUUUCCUAUGGAUACUGAUGAACAAACUGGAGCUCCUAGCCUAUUUCAAGAGUCGGAUUUGGCAUUUGCUAUCGAAGAUGACCGCCUUGAUGGUAUGCUGCCAACCCCAAGUCGCAAGCGCAGAGCCAAGAAUUCAUUCAAACAACCAAAUGCUAAGCGCUUAAUGACAUCUUCGUAUUCUGAUGGGAAACAACCACAUCCACACCAGCCGAGGAUCACUUCACAUCUUACAUCUACAGCUACAAUUGUCCGCAAAUCCACUAAACCUAAACAAAAGCGGCAGAAGCGGCAGCCUCCCAAGCUUAGUAUAAUAGACAUCGCUCAAGAUUCUGGUUAUUUUGAGCUAAAUGCCCCGGCAUUUCUUAAGGUUGCUGCUCGUAGCGCGAGAUCCCGAAAGGAACUUGGGCGUCAAAGUCCCACCCGGAAGUUUAUCAGGCUUGCUACUCGCGAAGACACUGCUGAUGCCCAAUCAGUCCUGCAAGAUUGGCGGAACCGCAAAAUUCAGCCCAGGAAUGUUUCAUAUGUAUCAAGAUCUGAAAAUGCUAGCGUUGCGUAUCCGCUCAGCCAAAUCUCUGUUAAUCAGCAAACAAAGCUUCCUCCAACAAUCGCGAAACUCAAGACAAGCGUACGCAAGGCUCAGUCAAAUGCUGCGUAUAUUACAAAGAAGAUUCGUGUACCCAGAGUAAAACAGCUUUCGAUGAAUGACUUUGUUGAGAAUAGACAUGACAAACCAGAAGAGCCUCCAUCAAAAAAUGUGGGAGCAGUCAAUACCAAAAGCAAAUCGAGGGCGCGAACGGAUCCUUACUUUACAGCCCCGAUUGCACGAUCGGCACAACUUGAAGCAAGCCAAUUUCCUAUCAACACUUUAGAACCGAGGAAGAAGACUCUUGAUGCUCUUUUUCGCAUGGGUCGCCGUCAGCCUUUACAGAGGGGAAACCUUCAACUGACCCGCUUCUUGGCCGAUGAAGAUGUCGUAUAUCCUUCAAUAGAGCCAAAUCUCUCUAAUGGGAACAGUGAUUUGAUGCCAACUAGUGCUGCACAGAAAGUUGGCAAUCAACAUCGGCAUCGGAAGCGGAUGCCUAAACGUGUAGACGCAGGUGCAGCUAUCUACCGUCAGCCUAGUGAGCCACUCAUCUUGGAUUUCUCAACACCCUCGCUGGGUGAAGUAGGCAUAGAUCAUGGAAAGCUUUUUGGCCUUGGGAAAUUUGGCACAAGGUAUCCUCAUCACUUUGACAUUUUGCCACUUCAGACAGGGAUAUAUUUCCAUGAGACGACCUUUAUUGGUAGUGGGCGCCUUGCAAACACGUUGAGUCAUUCAGAACCCGUCUCUAUUGAUCAUAACCGCCCUGCGACCUCACUUGAGUUAGGAGACAGGGUCUUCGUGUGGGAGGCCUGGAAUGAGAUUGUCUCCGAGCAAAUGGGUGUUUGCAUUGACUGGCUAACAGAACAAUUGACUGAUAAAUCCAAGAUAUCGGAUAAGCCUGAUUUGGUCGCGACUACCGAUCUUAUUUUAGAUUAUGUACAGCAUAGUAUAGACUUCUCAAGUUCCGAGUUAAGGGGCGACUUUUUACUCCGAAUGUUGGAGAUACUAGAGGAUUUUUCGUCUCGUCUUGAUGUUUGUCGAGGAUCUAUAGAUUACGUUUACAACCGAGAAACGACUGAAGUCACAACUAGGCUUUUAGUGCUCUCGCUUCAGUUGCUUGGGAUGUCUCGGAUUGCUGCACAUUUUUCGACUCUUCGCCUAGAAGAAGUUCUGCAAAAAUUGGCAGGCUCUUGCAUCAGCCUCUUGAUAUCGGAAGGCUUAGAGACGGUGAGAAAAAUGUACGAUGACUUACAAUACCUGUCAGUAAGAGAGAAUGGCAUAAGAAGUGAUCGUUAUCUUGUUGAAUCCUGGGUCAUCAUCAUUCAUAUUUUAGGAGCUGCAAAGAUUCCUCGCGCUUCGUUUUGGGAUUUAGUAAACAUACAAUUAGGUGCGAAAAGUAUAGGUUCGUCACAGGAUGCCAAUGAGAUGGAAAAGCUAUGGUUCUUCAUGUUCUCUCUCCUACCACUUUUUGAGUUUGAUGAACAUGGUCACAUUUCAUCAGUUUCACGCCAGGAACUUGGGUUUGAAAAUUGGUCACUUGCACAACAACUGGUCAAAAGGGUGUUUGCACUUUAUGCGACAAAUACUAGACAAUCACCAAGCUUCAAUGAUUACUGCAGAGCAAUUCUCGCAAAUUUGCGGAAUGAAGAAGUCCACAAAUCACCUCAAUUCUUAGAGGAUUUGAACACAGAAUCUCCAUUAGAUGUUGAACCGGAAGAUCGGUGCUUUCAUAUUUUUCUCAAAAUUGUGGCCAUCGCCAUUAGGCAUCAGCGUGCAGCGGGCAACACCAAAGGCAUUCGAAAUUUAGUUGCUAGAAUUUUACCAAAUCAUGAUCGGCAAUUUCCAAAGGAGGAGGCAAUCUUUCAUCGUGAUCUUGCCUCCCUGCGCAAUCAUCAUGAUCUUCUAUGCACAGUAUACUGGGCUGCUCCUUCAGGUUACGGCCCGCCCAUCACUUUAUUGCAGAAGCUUGUUUCGGCCGCUCGCUCACAUAAUGAAGCCUUUUUGAUCAAUCUGAGGGCUUGGGAACGGCUUGCUCGGUUUACCUUGUCUAGCAUUCCUUCCAGUUUCUCUGUCGAUUCAUAUAGACCAUUUAUUACUUGGCAGGAUUCUUUUUUUGAUAGUCUGCUUGGAGAAUACGUGGAACUAACUCAAGUACGGCGGCAACUGCAAAUUCAAUCUGACGGAGCUUUUCAAACAGAUGUUGACUGUAAUCGAAGGAGCACUAUGUCCUGCAUUCAAGCCGUGGCGAGAUCGACGAUGGAAACAUUGAGAUGUUCAAAUCCAACAACUUUGAAGCAUGCCAUAAAUCUAGACAUGCUUGUAAAGAUGUUUUCUACAGGCUCUUCAAAUGACAAAAUUGACCAAGAAUUAACAUCAUCUGCAAUUGAGAUUCUUACUUGCUACUUGCACCAACUUCAUGACGCAGAACCAGAGAGCAAGCUGGAAGCAAGCCCAGAUGCAGAUGAUGAAUUUGACAGCCAGGGCUUAGAGUGUGAUCCCGAUUGGGCGAAAGAAAUGCAGUUUAUGGACGAUUAUAUUAAUUGUCCUGAUUUCGAUAUUGGAUCAGAAUGGAUGAUAGCUAUUUCCAAGCCACAACAUGAGCUUCGUUGGGAAAAUGCCUUGACUUAUCAAUUACUCAAAAAAGGGCAUUUUCUCCUUGCUGGCGAAAUCAUGAAAGAUUCAUGUCUAGAGUCCUUCCUGCAAGAAGCACCUUCAAUCAUGAAGAAUCAACAACUCAUCAAAUAUGGUAUCGUCAGGAUGCAAAGGAUUCUUUCUGACAAAGCACUACUGGCCUCCAAAUUUGGUAAUGUGAGCAGCGAGGCGAUCAGGACCAAAUUCUCGGGCAUUUUGAAUUCUACUAUGCUUUCAAUGCAGCAUCAUCUGCAAAAUUUUCAAAAUACCAACACUGCUGCCCAUAAAGCCUAUGUGAGCUUUGUGCAGGAAAUCGUUUCGCAGGUACGCUCUCAUUGCAGCGAUAUUUGUCCACCACCAGAGUUCUUCUUCCGCCGUUCCGUUGCGUACUGGCCCCCGGAGACGGACCCUACGCUUUACCUCGCAGGUUUGAUAUCAUAUACGCUGCAAUUGUCUUCACAACAGGAAAAAGCACGGAACGGAUUGAUAUAUUAUCUUUGGAAUGGAUUGAGAAGUUCUUUGUCAGGUACUCAUGCUCUCCAUAGCUACAUCAAACGGAUUUCGAAGGGUGCACGGCAAAUUCACCUGUUGAAAUUUUUAUUGACUGAAAUUGUACCUUCCACACUGGAAGUCGCAUUUAGCAAAGAAGCUGGCUCGCUCGCAUGCGAAGUCUACCUAGUAGCAGUGUCUAAAGCCCUCGAAAGUCUAGUAUUGAGUGGACAGCCAGUCAAGGAGCUUGUGGUUCAAUUGAAAGUUCUGCUACAACAUAUGUUCAACAACCUUGGUAGUCAUUAUGGUAGAUUCGGCCACAGUAUCGAAGCUGUACACCCAGGUCACCAAGGUAUCAUUACUGUCAUCUUUCGCUUUUGGAGUGCCUGCAGGCCACACUUAUACAAUCUAAACACUGGCCCUGGAAGUGGCCUAGGCAACGACGUUGCUAUGGAAGAGAUGGCUCGUGAGGUGCAAAAUAAUUGGAGGAUUAACAAGGCGGAUGGAGGAGUAGAUGUGAGGAUGAAUGAUGGUAUGAUGGUUAAUCAUUGCUUUACCAAUGGACCUCAAGAUUUACGUGAGGUUCUUGAAGAGGAUGCCCCGCAAAUACCUGAAGACGCAGAGCUAGGAAAUCCGGUGGAUGUCCCCCAGGUAUCUGCGGAAGUAGAGUUGGACAAUCCAGUGGCAGAAGAUUCAAUACAGCCAGUCGAGAGUGUAGACCAUGAGCAAAGGUCUCGAGGAAGACUUUCGGGGCGGACCUUAAGAGCAAAUCGACAAAAACAGCCAGAAGGUCUACCACCGAUAGUACUGCCGGAUUGGUUCUGGGAUAAUGUCAAACUGGCUGAGGAACUGCCGCAGACCGGUUCGCUCGCUGUCUACUAUGGUAGUAACGUCACGGAAUUGAAUACCGAUCCGACGGACCCCGAAGCAACCGAGAGGAUGAGCCAUGCAAUCAAAUCUAUUAUCGAAUGCGACCUGCCUUCCACCGAGAAAGCAAAAUAUAGCAUGCAUGUUAAUGUUUACAAAGAAAUAUUGGCAUCCAUCACAGCAGGGUUGAAAUUGCGCCCCUCACAGGCUGUUAUGGACGGUAAAAAUGUCAUGAGACCCAUUCUCCACUUGCAAUGCCCUAAAGACGGAGGAAUAUUGUACUUAGACUCUGUCGUGGAGACAAUUUCGACCAAAUUAGGAGCUGACCUCAUACGUCUUGACCCAGUCGACAUAGCUCAAAUUCUAGGGCCAUACAUCGAUGAGAAUUUAGCCUGGACGGGGGCGAAGGCAUCCCUCUUAGGCUACGAAACUUCGCGAAUGGCGGGCAGGCUAGAGGAUUACGAAAAAGACUCGAGCGCGGCAUCUGAAGAUAUGGAAGGAGCUGAGGAGGAAGACAUGACGGGUAUGAGCAGAAAACCUGGUCCUGCAAUUGCUUUCACAGCAUCGAAUUCGUCCGAAGCACAGAAAAAGCUCUCUGCGAUUUUUAGUCGAUUGAAGGGAGCACUCACUCCGGCGGCUGAAAGCAACAGGCGUUCAUCAGACGUUGUGAUGCCAUUUGCUACUUUCGCCGACCCGAAUUUUUCGGCUUCUAGCAACGGCAAUUCAGCCUUCAGUAAUGUGAAAUCUAAUGCUGAACAGUGGAAUGAUUUAAAGACGACGGCUUUACUUGAGGCACUAGUCACUGGUGCCGAUUCAAAGCGUACAUGGGGGUCUUCGGGUACUGAUGCAGCCAACGCGAGGGACCUCAUUAUACAAGUUCGCGAUUACAAGGAUUUGACUAGGACAUACGAUGGAUAUAACAUCAUCGAUAAAAUGCGGACAUUGGUCACCAAGCGCUGGCAGUCCGGACGGAAUAUAAUUAUGGUUGGAACAAGUUCUUUGGAGCAAGGAGAAUCCGAGCUCUCAUCAGCAGGUAUUCAGCAUAUCCAAUCUGAUAUAGUCGAAGGCGAGAAAAGGACAAUAUUUGUCCCUCCGGAUCGAAGGCCAGAACAAGAUGCGGUAUUCGAAUCCGACGACAAGCUACGCAUUCGGACCUUAAACAUACGACACGUCGAGGAUAUGAUCACGAAACUCGCGGGUGAUGCACCUAUUACUGUGGAUAUAGAAAAAGAUCUCGAUAGCGGUUGGAUACAAUCCGCUGGGCUAGAUGAGGCAGUUUGGCAUUAUGCCCGCGUGCAAAGGCUCGCAACAACUAUUCUAGGAUUGGAAAGUAACCCGGAGAUUAUAGAUGGACCAACUUUUUGGAAAGCUCAACAGCUACUCUCCGAAAGUGACAGUGCUAAAUUCUCUUGGGGCGCAGCAGAGUUGAAGGAAGAAGAUAAUGACGUGAACAAGAUGCUUGAUGAGAUCAACGCUUCCCCGAAAAACACAAACAUUAAGGAUAAGCUGAAGCAAAUUCGGAAAACGUGCACUCCUCACGAGAAGAAGCUCCUGGGAGGUGUGGUCAUACCUUCGGAUAUUCACACAAAGUUCGAAGAUGUCCAUGCUCCGAAAGAAACCGUGGAGGCGCUAAAGACUUUGACAAGCUUGUCGUUGAUACGGCCAGAGGCUUUCACUUAUGGUGUACUUGCUACUGAUAAGAUGCCUGGUUUGCUCCUGUAUGGACCUCCUGGAACCGGUAAGACUCUUUUGGCCAAAGCAGUCGCGAAAGAAAGUGGCGCGACCGUUCUCGAAAUUAGUGGCGCUGAAGUGAACGACAUGUACGUUGGCGAGGGCGAAAAGAACGUCAGAGCGAUUUUUUCUCUAGCUAAGAAACUAUCACCUUGUGUAGUAUUCAUUGACGAGGCAGAUGCUAUAUUUGCUGCUCGUGGUGAUACUAAGCGCUCGACCUCUCACAGAGAGAUGAUCAACCAAUUUUUACGAGAAUGGGAUGGCAUGAACGACCUAUCUGCAUUUAUUAUGGUCGCUACUAAUCGACCGUUCGAUCUUGACGAGGCUGUACUGCGACGAUUGCCUCGAAGACUUUUGGUGGAUUUACCAGUUGAAAAUGAUCGCGAGUCUAUACUCAAGAUCCAUCUCAAAGAGGAGAUCCUUGACUCAUCAGUCUCUCUUACCGAACUUGCCAAAAACACACCCUACUACUCUGGGUCAGAUCUCAAAAACCUGUCGGUUGCAGCUGCAUUGGCAUGCAUCCGUGAAGAAAACGAGCUUGCCGCCAAGCACGAAGGCGAAAUUCCUUACACAUAUCCCAAGAAACGUAUCCUCACGAAAGCUCAUUUCGACAAGGCAAUGGAGGAAAUUAGUGCUAGUAUCAGUGAGGAUAUGAGUACACUCUCUGCUAUCCGUAAAUUCGACGAGAAAUAUGGUGAUAGGAAAGGAAGGAGGAAGAAGAGCGCAGGAUUGGGUUUUGGGGGUACAACCAUUCCAGAGAAGGACUCUGAAGCGGGAAGACAAUAA